AUGGUCGGACUCUUCCCCAACACCACGGCCUUGUGCCAGGCUUUCACGCCUACCUCACCGUACUACAAGCCAGCACCCAAACCCGUUGAGAAGCCUGAGAGGCGCCGAUACUUCUCCUCAUGGAGUGCUGCGGAUACGGCAAAAGGGAAAGCCAUUGAGUUGUCCGAGGCAGCACAGAAAGAAUACGAAAAGGCCAGCGCGAAGGCUCAAGCUAAAGCUGGCGGCAUCGAGCUCUACUCGGCCAAAUACUACGCAGCAUGUACUGUUGGAGGUAUUCUGGCAUGUGGUACGACUCAUGCCGCAGUCACUCCUCUCGAUCUUGUCAAAUGUCGUCGUCAGGUCGACUCCAAGCUUUACAAGGGCAACUUUCAGGCCUGGAGUACUAUCGCACGGACCGAAGGCGCCCGUGGCAUCUUCACUGGUUUCGGCCCCACCUUUGUUGGUUACUCGGUGCAGGGCGCCGGCAAAUACGGCUUCUACGAAUACUUCAAGCACCUUUACACCGAGCUCGCUGGCGAGGAAAAUGCCAAACAGUACAAGACCGUCCUCUAUCUGACUGCCUCUGCGUCGGCCGAAUUCAUUGCCGAUGUUGGUCUCUGCCCGUUCGAAGCUGUCAAGGUGCGCAUGCAGACGACGAUGCCACCCGCAUUCUCCGGCACAUUCCAAGGGAUUUCUUCAAUCACCGCUGCAGAGGGAUGGGGCGGGUUAUACAAAGGUCUCUACCCUCUCUGGGGCAGACAGAUCCCCUAUACGAUGAUGAAAUUCGCGUCUUUUGAGAACAUUGUUGCGGCCAUCUACAACUACCUGCCGGGAUCCAAGUCAGAUUACGGCAAGGGCGCUCAGACCGGUGUGGCCUUCGUUGGUGGUUAUCUCGCCGGUAUUCUCUGUGCUAUUGUCUCGCAUCCCGCCGAUGUCAUGGUCAGCAAACUCAAUGCCGAACGCGCUCCUGGUGAGAGCUUCGGUGGCGCCAUGAGCCGAAUCUAUUCCAAGAUUGGGUUCUCUGGUCUCUGGAACGGUCUCCCAGUGAGAAUUGUCAUGAUCGGAACAUUGACCGGAUUGCAAUGGAUGAUAUACGACUCGUUCAAGAUCUUCAUGGGUCUACCAACGACUGGAGGCGCUGAGGAGAAGAAGGAGACUGCAAAGGCGUGA